AUGAUGUUUGUGUCUUGGUCAGAUCAGAACAACAUCCUCAUCUACCGGACAUUUGAAGACUUUAAGAGAUUCCAUAAAGAGCUGAAGAGAAAAUUCCCCAUCGAGAGCGGCUCAAUCAAGAGAUCUGCCCGGACAAUACCCAGCUUUAAAGAUUCACAGCUCGCCCUGCUCGUGGCCCCGAGUGGGAAGCUGAACAGGUGCCUGGAGAUCCUGAAGCUGCUGGAGACGUACUCCCAGGAGCUGCUGAAAACACAUGCGAAAAUUUCCCAGGGGGAAGAUGUGAUUCGGUUUUUCACGGCACAGACCCAAGACCUAGAUCCCUGCUUCCCUGAAAACAGUGUUGUGAUCAUGCCCUCAGAAAUCGGAGGGGAAAAGAAAACCCAGACACAGGUGCAGCCCUCCUCGAUUACACAUCCCCAGACAUCCCAGAGCUACCGCUGCAUCGAAACCUUCGAAACCAAAGACACAAAGAACAAGGCUUUCAAAGUCGCUAAGAAGGAAAUUGUUGAAGUGUUAAUCAAGGACAUGACUGGAUGGUGGCUGGUGGAAAACGCAGACAAGCAGAUAGCCUGGUUCCCAGCCUCCUACCUGGAAGAGCUUGACAACCACAGGGACAUCCAGAACGCCUGGAGCUCAGACGAGGAGGGCAGCCUGUACUUCGUUGUGCAGGGCUACGAGUCGCAGAAGGCAGAUGAGCUCUCGCUGAACAGUGGCGUGGUUGUGGAGGUGUUUUUCUGGUGGCUGAUCCGAUACAACGGCCGCACCGGCUACAUGCCCUCCGUGUUCCUCCAGCCCUACAAGAAUCCUCACCACAAGCUCCAGACCAUCAUCAGCUGCGGGCUCAACGUCUCCACACCCAACCUCUGCUCCUCCCCGACGCCUCCCCAGCCCCGGGAUGAGGUCGUGGGACAUCGCAGGGCGCAGGCUCGCUCUUCCCUGGACCAGGCUGAAGAGGAUGCGAGCGCUCUGAGAAGCAGAUCAAAGUCUCUGCCCAGGGCCAGCUCCACCCCGGACUUGGAGUCAGACAGCUCAUCCCUCGACUUGGGGAGCAGCGGCGAGCGGGACGGCCAGCUGCGCUGGCAGCCUGACUUAUCCCGAUCUCUGCCCGAAGUCGAGCAGGACAGGAGCUCUCCCGGGCUGUGUGCCUUGGCCACGCACAGCGACAAGACUCCACACCUCACCCACAGGGACAGGAACGAUUCUGGCUUUGUGGAGCUGGCCACAGCUGAUCUCAGUCACUCCCUGACUGACCCAGACUUGGCCACUUGUGUCCCCAAGGUGCCCGUGCGCCCCUCAGCCCACGAGAUCCUCCAGAAGUGCAGCACCGUCACCAAGCGAGCGGUGCAGCAGUCCUCCUCCCGGCCGGCCCUCCAGGCUCUGCUCCCUCUCCAGAGCGUGCACUAG